AUGGAGUCCGCCAUCCUGCACCGCUCCCUGACGAAGAACUACCCUAUCGCCGUCGGGGAGAUGGAGUUUACAUCAUCAACGAUAAAGGGCAGCGCAUAUUGGACGGAAGCAGCGGUGCGGCUGUUUCUAGCGUUGGACAUAGCAACGAAGAGAAUCAUGUAUACCAGUUCUGGAUCGGAAGCGGUCGAAGCUGCCCUCAAGAUUGCUCGGCAGUAUCAUGUCUUCCAUGGUGACCUGAGAAGGAUUAAUAUCAUCGGACGAUUGCACUCCUACCAUGGCAACACGAUGGGAGCCAUGGCUGCUGGGAACAAUCCGCCACGCAGGGAAGCGUUUGAGCCGAUGCUUAGUCCGGCCUUUCAGCAUGUUAGCCGAUGUUUCUACGAUAGAGACCACGACGGUAUGACCGAGAGAGAAUACGAAAACCACCUCAUUGACGAGCUAGAGGCCAAGAUCAAUAGUCUUGGCGCCGAAACCGUCGCCGCUGUUAUCGUUGAGCCAGUGGUGGGCGCCACGCUCGGCGCAGUUGCUGCUACACCUACCUAUCUCCCUCGAUUGAAAGCCCUAUGUGAGAAGAACGGAAUCCUCGCCAUUUGGGAUGAGGUCAUGUGCGGAAUGGGGCGCUCCGGGUCGUACCAUGCAUGGCAGAGCCUUGGCGGGGCGGCGCCGGAUCUUCAAACCAUCGGCAAGGGCUUAGGUGCCGGUUACCAACCGCUCUCAGCCAUCCUUCUUAGUGAAAAGGUUGCGACCGAGUUUGAGCUACAUGCAACGGGGGCGAAGAAGUUUAUAAACGGACAAACAUUUCAGGGUCACCCGGUUGCUUGCGCCGGGGCGCUAGCCGUGCAGAAGAUUAUCAAACGCGAUCGACUCAUCGCCAACGUCCUUGCUAGGGGCGAGCAGCUUAACUCAUCCUUGACGACUGGUCUACCUUCCGGCUUUUUCGAAUAUUCCGGGAGUCUGCGCGGUAUGGGUCUCUUCAGAGCCGUGGAUUUUGGGAAUCUAGGUGCGGCAACCGGCGGCUCCCUUGCGCAGGAGGUCGUGGAUGAGAGUUUUAAGCAGGGAGCAGCGGUGUACACCUGCUCAUCCGCGGUCGAUGCUGUGCUCAUCGCUCCGCCUUUCAUUAUCACUGAGCAGGAAGUGGAUGUCUUAAUUUGCUCUGAGGUUAUGAGGUCGGGCGCAGGGCACGCCUUCUCCGAGAUGAUCGUAGGAAAAUGUACGGAGUAG